AUGAAGCCGCUCGAGAAAAUUUCAAAAGCAAAUACUCUUUACGAGGAGAUGACCUAUGAAAACAUGGUGGAGUUCAUCAAAGAAAAUCAACAUCCCUCAGUCCAUCACCUCAAAGGUUUCGAAGCUGUGUUCACCGUGCUUUCUAUGGACAGACCUGCGCUAAUAUUUUUCGACAUCACAAAGACGAAGGAUAUUGCAGCGUUCUCCAAAUUAGCCUCAAACUAUGCUGUGAGGAGCAAAGUGGCUGUGUUCGCUGCAAGUCAGGGCCUGUCGAUGCCUGGCCUAUAUCUUGCUGACAUCCUCAAAGUCGAUGUGAGCGACGCCGAGUUACGUCUUCGUGGACAGGAAAAACGUAAGUUUACAGUUUCUUCCUCGACUGUUUGCAGUCUCUGCCUUUAA